AUUGAACUCGCCUAAAGGCGAGUCCAAUUUUGAAAACUUUCAAAACAUCACUCGUACAUAUAAAUUCCGGAAUUGCACUCGAGAUCGUGCGAUUUCCUAUACUAAUAAUUGCGAAGUAAUGUAGAAUACACCCAUAGUUUGACUCCUAAGUGAUCUAAAUUUUUAGACUCAUCCACGGGAAAAAAAGUUGCUUAGUUGCAUAUUUCACCUCCUCCCCCUCAGUGACUCCUGUCAUGGUUGAGCAAUAAACGCAAUUGCUGUAUAGUUGAAUAUAAACGAAGUAUUUGUUUUAGUUCCUGCAAGACCGACGUUCUCCGGCGAUGAAAGGGUCUCAAUCUGCUCAUCUGAAGAUGAAGGCAAAUAUGUGAUAGAAAAGUUCCUGCAAGACCGACGUUCUCCGGCGAUGAAAAGGUCUUCUCAAUCUGCUCAUCUGAAGAUGAAGGCAAAUAUGAGAUAGAAAAGAUGGAGACCACGGAAUAUACAGAUGAGGAUCUCAACUACUUCCGUCUAUGUUACGUCUUCACUCAUAAUGUACCCGAGGGAAUGCGAACAGUUUUCAAGCAACAAUGGAACGCGCGUUACAAGCCUACGUACGGCGAAUGGCUUGAUGUACCCAAAAAUGCAACCGAUUUCUGCAACAUGGAAUCACCUAGAAAUCAGAGACGUAAUGCAAGCCUUCUCACUAUUAUGGCAAACGGUAACACUAAAGAAUGGGACUGCACUUGUCUCUUUUAUGCUCUUCUUUUCUCAGAUUGUCUCGGAUCAUAUCUAAAUGUGACCACAGUAUGGACAAACGUUAACGAACUGAGAAAAAUCCGCAAUAAAGCUUUUGCCCACACUCCUGUUGGAAAGCUUACAGACGUGGAUUUUGAAGACACCAUGCUGAAAGUCUUGGCUGCCUUUAAGGCGUUGGGGCUGGAUACGACGAAGGUGAAUGAAGUGAAAACCCAGAAAGGUUUUCCGACAGAGGAACUAAGUAGUAUUCAACAACAGCUAAAUAAUGAGAGAAAACUUUAUGUCAAAUUUCAUUCCUUCUGUGUCUUACCACCCAAACCUUCCCAUCAUACCACUGAUCGCGCAGAUGAAGUCACGACAAUAAACCACGAGAUGGAAAAGUUGAGAAGCACAAAGAAAAGUGAGACGACGGUGAUCUACUUGUCUGGUAACCCCGGAUGUGGAAAGAGUGAGAUUGCCAGGCAGAUUGGAAAUAGCUACUUUAACGAAAUCCCUGAAGAUACAACUCAUCUUAAGUUUGUAUUCACCUUCAACGCAUCCAACAUCGACACGCUUCUUGGAUCGUACGUGGAUUUUGCUGCCAGACUCGGCUGUGACGAAGACUCUGUUACAAGAAUUGCGACAUCAAACGACCUCCGUCCAGAAGAGAAAAUCAAAAAUAUUAAAAGUGUUAUCAAUCCAAAAGUGCAGAUUUAUUCAUCGUGGCUGAUCAUUGUAGACAACGUAAAUGAUUUGAAAUCAGUUUCAAAUUACUUGCCUCAAGCAGGAGAAAAGACAAGUGGUGAUGGUCAAAUCCUCGUCACUACUCAAGACAGUCAAUCCAUUCCACUUGACUCUUAUACAUAUCAUUAUUCAUCUCUUAAGGUAGGGAUGCAAAAAGAAGACACCAUCGCAUUACUUUCCCAAAUCUCUGGUACUACUGGUGAUCGAGACACUUUACUUAACAUUGCCAGUGCUCUUGAUUUCCAACCGCUUGCUUUGGCAUGUGCAGCUAUUUACGUGCAGCGAAUAUUCAACUCUACAGACCAACCUAAAACCAAAUGGGAGAACUAUUUGCUCAAACUACAAGAAGGAAAGCGUGAGGCAACCGAAGAUUCUUACAAACAGACCAGUUCGACGUAUGAAUUAUCAAUGACAGCUGCUGUCAGGCUUGCUCUUGAGAGGGUAGUAAUUGAAGACAAGAUUAUGAUGCAUGCUUUUCAGUUCCUGUCAGUCAUAGCUAAUGAACCAAUACCAUUGAAAUAUGUUGUGCAAUAUGUAAUGAGCUGUAUGCCUGAUAAAGACCAAGACGCUGUUGCUGCUCAUAUUAGUUUGAGUUCGCUGGUCAUUUUAUCUGAAGAUGUAGAAAUUUCACAAGUAAUUCGUGUGCAUCAAGUGGUUUACCAUGGCCUGCAGAAAUUGUUGGACGAUGAUAAAACGGAUAUUUCAAAACUGAUGUCAGUGUUUUCAGAUCUCGUUUCUUUUAAAAACGUUUACGAUGUAACCAAGGCAGAAAUCAUUGCCACACGAUCGUUUACGACACAUUUUGUGGUUUUAUCAAGGAAACUUAACCUGCGUCUAUUGGAUCAUUCCACCUUACCAGCAAAAUCUCUCAAUGCCGCUGACUGUUUAUUCAAAGCAGGAAGUAUCUGCCUUGUGCAGGGAAGUUACGGGGCCUCUGAGAUAUUCCUAGAAAUAUGUCUGUCAAUCCAACAACGUUCAUACCAUAGUGGUCCAGAAAUGGCUCAAGACCAAAACUUCAACUCAGAUAUCGCAGUAAUGAGUAAAUCGCACAAAGAUAAGGAAAGCCAUUUUGAGGGGAAACUGAGUAGUGGUGAUGUAAGCAUUGCCUUGGCCACUACAUUAAAACGUCUGAGUGACUUAUAUAUUGAUCUAGAGAAUUACAAAAAAGCACAAAUACAUCUUGAGGAAGCACUGGUGAUCGAAGAGAAGUUGCACAGAGGAGAUCAUCCGGAACUGGCUAUUACGUUAAAGAACCUGGGUGUCUGCCUGAUGCAUCUUGGGCAACACGAAAAAGCAGAAGCAUAUUUACAGAGAGCCCUGGCGAUGCAAGAAAAAUGUCAGGGUGAAAACAACACCCUCUUGGCUGAUAUCUUAAUCAUCCUGGUUAUAAGUCUUCAAAGUCAUGGAGAAUUUGAAAAAGCCAAGACGUAUUGUGAAAGAGCACUUGAGAUCGAGCAACAACUGCGUGACAGCGAAUAUGUACGGGUAGCUGACACCAUUAAUGACCUCGGGGUUUGUUUAUCAAACUUUAAAGAUGAAAAAAAAGCGACAACUUUCUAUAAAGAAGCUCUAAGAUUAACAGAAAGUGUAUAUCAUAAAAAUCAUCCAUACAAGGCCAUUACACUACGAAACAUUGGAGUUUCAUUAAGGAAAUUAAGAGAAAACGAAACAUCAAAAAGGUACUUUGAAAAAGCACUAACGAUUUACGAAACUGGAAAUGAUCAAAAUAAUACACAGCUGAUGCUAAAUAGCCUAGGUUCGUGUCUCAUCGAAUUAAAAGAAUACGACAAGGCCAAAGCAUACCUGGAAAGAGCACUGUCCAUUCGUGAGAAAGGAGACAAUGAAAAUGAUUCACAACUGGCUACUACGCUAAAUAACCUUGGUUUCUGCCAUUAUGGACUAAAACAAUACGACAAGGCUAAAGUAUACUUGGUAGAUACGGUAGAUAACCUUGGUUUCUGCCAUUAUCAAUUAAAAGAAUACGACAAGGCCAGAGCGUACUAUGAGAGGGCACUGUCCAUUAGAGAGAAAAGAGACAAUGAAAAUGAUCCACAACUGCCUAGUACGCUAAAUAACCUUGGUUUCUGCCAUUAUGGACUAAAACAAUACGACAAGGCUAAAGUAUACUUGGAGAAAGCAUUGUCAAUUCGCGAGAAAGGAGACCAUGAAAAUGAUCCACAACUGGCUACUACACUAGAAAUCCUUGGUUUCUGCCAUUAUCAACUAAAAGAAUACGACAAGGCUAAAGCAUACCUGGAAAGAGCACUGUCCAUUCGUGAGAAAGGAGACAAUGAAAAUGAUUCACAACUGGCUACUACGCUAAAUGACCUUGGUUUCUGCCAUUAUCAACUAAAAGAAUACGACAAGGCUAAAGCAUACAAUGAGAGAGCACUGUCCAUUCGCGAGAAAGGAGACAAUAAAAAUGAUUUACAACUGGCUAGUACGCUAAAUAACCUUGGUUUCUGCCUUAAUGAACUAAAACAACACGAAAAGGCGAAAUUGUGCUUGGAAAGAGCACUGACAAUUCGCGAGAAAGGAAACAAUAAAAAUGAUUCACAACUGGCUAGUACGCUAGAAAACCUUGGUUUUUGCCUUAAUAAACUAGAAAAAUACAAGGCCAAAGUAUACCUGGAUAGAGCACUGUUCAUUUAUGAGAAAGGAGACGAUGAACUAUGAUUCUCAUACUCGUUAAUAAUACAUGAGUAAACCAUCCAAUCAAUGGGCUAUUUUUGGGUCACAUGAUGUUACUUGAAAUCUGGUAAAGUGCUGUGAAAGGAAUGCAUUCAGUCUGGAGUAACUGGAACAAAAUUAAUGAGAUGAGAAGUCAUUUCAAAGCCUUUCAAUUCGUUUCCAUUGAUGAUUUUUCCUCUGAAGCCCUUCAACUUGAUUGUGGUGUACCUCAAGGUUCCGUACUUGGUCCUUUGUUGCAUCUCUUUAUACUUCUCCAGUAGCUGAUACCCUUCGACUACACAGAAUGUCUUUCCACCUCUAUGCCGAUGACACUCAAUUAUAUAUUCCUUUCUCCUGUAAUGAUGAUUUGUCCCUUAAUGAUUCCAUGAAACUGAUUGAAAACUGUCUAUCUGAUAUUGAUGCUUGGAUGUCUACAAAUAAAUUGAAAUUAAAUAAAGGAAAAACUGAAUGCCUGUUACUUUCUUCAAAGCACAGUCCACAGUUAACUCUUCCUUCUCUUCAAUUUGGUUCUGAUGUGAUAAYGCCCUCAAUGCAUGCUCGGAACAUCGGUGUAAUAUUUGAUUCAAUAUUUGACAAUUGUAACUCUCUGCUCUUUGGUUUACCCAACAAACUUCUUGAUAAACUACAAACUGUACAAAGUGCUGCUUCCAUAAUCAUCUCUCUUUCCCAAUAAACAUGACCACAUUACACUCAUUCUUGUUAAUCUACACUGGCUACCAAUUGAAUCUAGAAUUAAAUAUAAAAUCUUACUACUUACCUUCAAAGCUUUUCAUGGCCAAUAUCCUAUCUAUAUUCGGGAACUCAUUUCAGAGUACGAACCUCCUCGUAACCUUCGUUCUCCAGCACAAUUUCUUCUAUCAGCACAGUUUUACAAUCUCAAAUCAUAUGGUCAUCGCUCCUUCUCUGUAGCUGCUCCUGAACUCUGGAACUCUUUGCCAAUAUCUCUCCGAAAUGAAUCAAGUCUGGCCACAUUUAAAACUGCACUUAAGACUUACCUUUUUAAAAUAGCCUAUUCUAUUUUUAUUUAUUUCGUUUAUUAGCGUUAAGAACAGAUUUGUAUUUGUGCUUUAUAAAUAAAUAUUAUUAUUAUUAUUA